AUGGAUCCGGCUCAGCUUCGCUUAGUAGCGCCGUCGCUUACUUCAAUUGCUGUGUCAACCAUCGCAUCUUCCAUCGCAAGUGCCUCGCGAACUACUCACUCCAAUCAAACCAGUGCGCCAUCUUUGAAUCUGAUCUCACCGGUACAGGCCCAGAGCCAUGGCGAUAAGCACGGGAAUAUGGAGGAAUGGUCUUCCCUUAUUGGUAUUGUGACUGCUCUGGCCGGGAACGUGUUGAUCUCGUUGGCUCUCAAUAUUCAACGCUAUGCUCACAUUCGGAUCACUCGUGAAUGGGAGCAAAGAAAGGCUAGGAGUGAGGCUGGCAGAAGCCGGAAAUAUGACGCAGUUGCCGUAAGCGAUAGCCGCCAAAGUCUUGUUGGAUCACGGACGGGAACUUCGAGAGAUCAGUCAAGGCAUGGCGAACAUGAGGAGUUCGAGCCUUACAGCGAUGACAUCGAUGCGCCUCCCAGAAAUGCGCGCCCCUCUCAGGGCUAUCAAAAUGGCGGUCGCCGGAGCUCAAAGGCGUCUGACCGGUCCGAGCACACCGACGAGCCCGAGAAUCGAAAGUCAUACCUCCAGUCGCCCUACUGGUGGGCGGGUAUCGUGUUGAUGGUCCUAGGCGAGACAGGAAACUUUCUCGCGUACGGCUUUGCGCCAGCAUCCAUCGUCUCCCCGCUCGGAGUUGUCGCCCUGAUCUCCAACUGCGUCAUCGCCCCCUGUCUUUUGAAGGAGCGAUUUCGCAAACGGGAUUUCUGGGGCGUAUUGGUCGCCAUUGCUGGUGCGGUUGUGGUUGUACUCAGUGCGAGUUCUUCGGAGGAGAAGAUUGGCCCUGGCGAGAUCUGGAUGAUGAUUACCCGCUGGGAAUUCGAGCUCUACAUGGGCUUGACUGCAUCCCUGAUCAUCACUCUCAUGUGGGCCAGCUUUUCAUACGGAUCACAGUCAAUUCUGAUUGACGUAGGGCUUGUGGCCUUAUUCGGCGGCUACACUGCACUUUCCACCAAGGGAGUUUCCUCGUUGCUGUCAUUCACCUUGUGGCACGUCAUCACUUUCCCAAUCACCUACUUGCUCGUCUUUGUUCUCGUCACUAGCGCGCUCAUGCAGAUCAGAUACAUCAAUCGGGCCUUGCAGCGCUUCGACUCGACUCAGGUGAUUCCGACACAAUUUGUCCUCUUUACACUCUCAGUCAUUGUAGGCAGCGCAAUUCUAUACCGGGAUUUUGAGUCGAUGUCGGCAGCUCGAGCCGGCAAGUUCAUAGGAGGCUGUGCUCUCACGUUCCUGGGGGUCUACUUCAUCACCAGCGGCCGCGUGCGCUCUGACGACGACUCCACUUUUUCCACGGACGAUGAAGAAGAGAGGAUCGGCCUUCUGGACGGUGAACGCUAUCACGAUCGCAUUGAUUUGUCCGCGCCUGGCCCACAUUCUCGUGCGACUACAGUAUCGGCGAAUGAUCGCGAGCAGGAAACCAAUGUGCAGUCUCCCGGGGUGUCGUUGAAUAGCCGCGGUCUCGAAAUCGUGGACGAUGAUCAACUUACACCUAAAGGAGCUUUGUCGUCUCCUGAUGACUCUUUAACUGCCCAAUCUCCCCUGUCAGGGCGCUUUCUCGACGAUCCCUCCCCACUCCGUCCACCCUCGCGGAUGUCCAAUCCGUGGGCAGAAUCCUCGGAUGAGGCUCUUGUGACCCCAGCGUCUGACCUUGAAACAUACUGUCAAAACGGACCUUUAGCAUUAGCGGCUGCCGAUCACCAAGUAUCAACUGUCAGCUUGCGUUUUCCUCCGGCACCCGGUAUUGAACAGACUUCCCGACCGAAUCUUUCUCAGCUUCGGCGGGCUUCCACUCCCAUGCGAAGCGAUCAGGCCAUCGACAUCGAAAGGAGCCAGGCCAAUCUCGAGACACCAUCACGACGAGCCAUUCGCAACUCAAUAUCAAAUCGAUUCUCUCCAGGGCCACUUUUACCCACCCUCUCCGGAGGGUUCAGUGCCGUUGUGGCGGAUUCCCUCCGUCGUGGCGAGGGAAGUCCUUUGAAAGACCGCGCGCGACGGAGCGUUGGACGCCGCCGCCAACUCAGCGGCACCUUUGAUGCCGAGUUGGCCCGCUAUCAAGAUCAAGAUCUUAGAUUGGAUGAGCCAAGCGAUUCACUGAGCGUCGCCGGUGCACGACUUCAAUCCGCCACGGGUCUUGCAGUUCCUUCGACAAACGCCGGACGGUCCACGUCCGCGCUUCCUACGACAGACCAACUGUCGCCGAUGCAGAACCCACGUCAUGAGGGUAAUCGUCUGCGCAGCUUGAGCGACUCUUGGAGUGGCGGUCUUGCAUGGCUUGGCGGUGCCUUGCGAAUGACUUCCCAAGAUCAAGCCAAGCUCAUCAUGCCGAACGAGCAGGAGGAUCGUCUAUCUCCGACAGAACAGGGUCAAGCUCGCAGCAAAGACAGGAGCGACGAUGCAGACCCUCGCUCGUGA